UACGAAGUAGCUUUAUUCGGCGAGUUCUUCUCCAAGGACCUCAAGGCGAUUCGAGAAAGGUUCGGGCUGCACAGUGAAGCUGCGCAGGCCAUGCAUUGUCGAGAGAUCCUGCUGGAGCCCUUGGAUGCAAAGAGCCAGCGGGACAGUGGGGUAGAUCCUAUUAUGCUGAGGGCGAGGAAGGAGCUGCUGGAGCCUAAUGCUGGAUGGGCACUGUAUUCAUACUCCAAGCCAGAGCCCACCAAGCUUUACUCGGACGCGACAGUACGGCCAUGGGCUACUGUCCAAGUUAUCGGUGAUGCACUGAGCUUCGCGUCCGCUAUGGGCUACGUUCGACGGUCUCAGAUAUAUAAACGAGGGUAUUCCUUCCGGAGGGGACCUCUGGUCAUCCAGAUGUUCCAGCAGGAACAGGUCGACCCCAAGACACAGAAACCGAGCCCAGCACACGCAGACACCCUAUGGGAAGUCGAAGUCAAGAACGCCCAGCCUGCGAGGAACACGCAAGAAAGACCCUUGACGGCACUCAUCCAGGAAGUCUUGAAAGUGCAAGAACUUAUGAAAGGAUUACUCGAUCUACGACGGCAGGAUCUAUGA